AUGUCUUGGAUACCUGCAUUUACCGAUAAAAUAGAACACCCAAUUCCUAUUGCUAAUUUAUUAAAGUCGAAGCAAGCAGCUCCUUCACCUCCACCUAGACCUAUUACCAUUUCUAUCGUUGGUGCUGGACAAUG